UCCUCCUCCUGGCCGGAGCUUUUGUUUUUCCUCCCAGCUCUGUUUCCCACACGUGAUUGCCGUGUUUUUGCGCCGGGCGCUUGGCGGGCCGAGUGCACCUAUAAAUGCUAAUAACUUUGGCCAAGGAGAGAAGAAAGGCAGGAGCCAGAGGAGAGGAGGAAAGGAAGAGGAGAGGGUGGGGGUGCACAAAGUCGGGCGCUCUAUCCAUGGAGGCAGCCGGGGGGGAGGCGGAAGACAUGCCAUGCAAGCCAAAAGUCCCCUGCUUCGCGCGGCUGGGGCUCCCUCGCCUCGCCUCAGCCUGCUGCUAACCCUCCGCUCGCCGCCGUGGUGGUCUUGCCUGCCGCUCGGAGCCUCAUUCUUGCCCGCUCCGAGGGAGGGACGGAGGGUGGACGGACGGGCGGGCGGGCGAGCGAGCGCCACAGACAAUGGCGGCGGCAGCGGCGGCGGCGGCUCCUCCUGCCGCCGCCGCCGCCGCCACCACCAGCAGCAGCAGCCCCGGUAGUGCCAACAGCGGCAGUGGCGGCGGCACAUUCCACCAGCAGCUGGAGCCCUGCUUGAGGAAGCCGCCGCCGCCGCGCAUGGACCCGCGGCGCAGGCAGGCUGCGCUCUCCUUCCUAACAAAUAUCUCACUGGACGGGCGGCCGGUGUUGCAGGGCGAGGAGAGCGGAGAAGAGAGCGACGUCGGCGCUGCAGUCGCCGCAAGGACCGCUUCUGCUGCAGCCUGCAGUAUCAGCAGCAGCAGCAGCAGCAGCACUCGGACUCGUCGGGCCAACCUGAGCGCUUUCCAGCCGCCCGCCUCGCAGCAGUACGGAGCUUAUGCCGCCGGCGGCAGCAGCAGCAACAUCAAGCUCAUGAGCCCCCUGGGAUCGGCUGGCCAGCCGCAGCACGGCGAAGACGACGAACAGGAUGAGGAUGAAGAUGCCUUUGCCAGCGUGCAGAUGCCUGUCGCCGCCGCCCUCCCGGGCUCCUCCGGGACCCCCUGUGCAAGGGGUCGCCUCAGCUCUUUCACUCAGGGAAUCCUGCCUGUCUCCUUCGCCAGAGCCGUCCCACAGAACUAUUGCUGCCUGGAGCAAGGCCCGGUGGGCGCCAGCGCUUUUGAGUUGCAGAGGUCCCGACGUCGGCUAAUUUCCCAGAGGUCUUCACUGGAGACUUUGGAAGACAUUGAGGAAAAUGCUCCCUUAAGGAGAUGCCGAACUCUGUCAGGCUCACCCAGACCAAAGAACUUUAAGAAGAUUCAUUUCAUCAAGAACAUGCGGCAGAAUGAUACAAGGAGUGGCAGAAUAGUCCUUAUUAGUGGCAGAAGAUCCUUCUGCAGCAUAUUUUCAGUGCUGCCAUAUCGGGACUGUAGCCAUGUUGGAGAUAUGAAAACAGAAGGUGGAAGGCAAUGUCAUUCUACUGCAGGUGUUUGCUUGAAAGAUAUAGUUGGCCUUGAAGGUGUGGAAUUAGGAGCGAAUGGAAAGACUGUUUCUUAUACCCAGUUUCUCUUUCCAACCAACGCCUUGGGGACACGGAGAAACACGAUAGACUCGACCUCAUCCUUUUCACAAUUUCAUAAUGCAAGCCAUCGUAGCCUUUCAUUGGGAAGAGCUAACAGCACCCAGGGGAGCAUUGAUACAGGCAGUGACUUGGGAGAUUAUACUGAAUACAAUCCUAACCUUUUAGAUGAUCCUCAAUGGCCAUGUGGAAAGCACAAGCGGGUGCUGAUAUUCCCUUCUUAUAUGACGACAGUCAUUGAUUAUGUGAAGCCAUCAGACCUUAAGAAAGAUAUGAAUGAGACCUUCAAGGAGAAGUUCCCUCACAUCAAGUUGACACUCAGUAAAAUAAGAAGCUUGAAGCGAGAAAUGCGCAAACUAGCUCAAGAAGAGUGUGGUUUUGAGGAGCCUACUGUGGCUAUGGCCUUUGUCUAUUUUGAAAAGCUUGCUCUCAAGGGAAAACUCAACAAGCAAAACAGAAAGCUCUGUGCUGGAGCAUGCGUCUUACUAGCUGCCAAAAUUGGCAGUGACAUCAAGAAGCAUGAAGUCAGGCAUCUUAUAGAUAAAUUGGAAGAAAAGUUCCGCCUGAAUAGGCGAGAGCUGAUUGCCUUUGAGUUCCCGGUGUUAGUGGCCUUGGAAUUUGCUCUCCAUCUACCUGAACAUGAAGUGAUGCCACAUUACAGACGUUUGAUCCAGAAUUCCUAGCACCGGCUACCCUUCCAAGAAGGGGGAGGGGUUUACAAGCGAUUGUCUGUUUUGCUCAGAGGAGCAGCAAGUCACUACUGGAAAUGCAAAAAAACAAAAACAAAAUGGGAUGCAGAAGCCCCAGUGCCCUUUCUUCUCUUUUCAAUGCAGCUUUUCAACCAGACAGUAGGAAUAAAACAGUGAAUUCCUUAAGACUUCUCAGGCUAGAUGAACUGUUUAACUACUCAGCGCAAGUGUUGAAUGAGUUUGCAUGCGAGUGAACAGUGGGUGGAACAUUCGUACAGUACUUUGUGGACCAAGAGAGAACUUGAUUGCGUUGCCCAUAUAAUUCAUGAAAGAAUGAGGAGUAUCAGCACCUUUCCUUUUACACUCCUUUUUAAUUAUCCUGUUGACCCACUUGAGACUGGACACUUUCCUACUAGAGGCUGAUGUCCACCUAACGAAUGGAUCCAAAAACAAUGAUGGGUUGUGAUUGAUAUUGUCACUGUGUCAACAAUGUGCCAAUCUAUUUUUGUAUCUGUUAUUGAAAGUGCACUUUUCCUGGUGGGUGGGUAGAUUGUUGUGAGCAAAAUGUUGGGCAGAUUUGGAACCCAUGGCAGCCUUGGAUCAUUGCAGUGAUACUGUUUACUAAAGACCAGAGGACAACUUUUUUCUGUUUGCCUAACAAAAACUACUGGAAGGGAGACACAUGGCUUCAUUGGAAUAACCUUGGGUAGUAUUUUGUAAUUCCUGAUUAUUUGAUUUCCCCACCGCCACCUUUUAUUUUUUCAAGACUAUAGUACUUAAAAAAAAGCUACAUCUACAAGUAAGAAACAAAUAACUGGUCUUAUGUUUUCACAUUUGUAUGUGAUGCCAUUCAGACGUUCAAAACAAAGAUGCUAUUAUAUGAGGAUCUUGUUUUAGGCCACAUGCACAUUCUAACCACUGCACUUUUCCCUCUGUGUAGGUUAGAUUUGCACUUGGUAGUGUUUGUAUUUUGUGCUCUAUGUUAGAGUGCAUUCCAAGGCACAUUGAUGAUGCUCUAUGUUUAAGCAGCAUUUAUAAAACCAGGUUGUACAGCUGAGGGGCAGAUUCAGCAGCAGCCUUGGGCCCUUAUACUAGAUGCAUACCUAAUGUGAGAAAUUUUUAUUGUUGAAUUAUUGUUGUUUUCACUAGAAAUGACUGUACAAAAUCAAACUUAAAUUAGGGGCCAUUGAAAUUGCUACUUUUUCAUACUACUCUGGAAUCUUACAAACUUUAUGAACUGUUUAUAAACUGCAUGUUCAUAAACUACAAAGUGCAGGCUGAAAAAAAAAGCAGACUUGUCCCAGACACACUGCUGCAACUUCCAUGUAUCCUGUUUUCUAAAUAAAUUAUGUAUGCAUAGGCUCACACAUACACACAGAUCUGUGAGUUGACAGCUGGAUGUGCUUCAUAACAUGUUAGAGGACAAGCAUCAGAUAAUUAAAUUACUAUUUUUAUAUAUAGUUUAUGCUCAUGUCCCACUUUUUCCAGUGCUGAUUCACUUGAUAUAGACCAUGACUGGCACAAUAAUUAAAAUAAAAUCAAGUGUUUUACUGUU